GACAAGGACGUGCGCGAGAAGCAACAUAUCGCGGCAGCGGUGAGUACCCAUGAUUCUACCGGAAGGCCCUCUAGUAAGAAGUUCGAUCAUGACGUUCUUGGGCUUCGCGCGGCUCAGGCUCACGAGAAGCGUUUGUUCAAUGAAAAGAACACUUUGAUGUUUCACCUUCACGGAGGGUUUGUUCCGCGCGACAUUGAGAGGACAAAUUUGACGUGGAAAGCUCGAGACAAGAAAAUGGACGACACGAGAAUGCGAGAAUGCUUUCGCCAUGUGUGCAACACGGAUGACCAGUCGGACUCGGUUUCGCGGGAAUCUACUCCUGAAUCUGAUCACGCAACCACCGCAAUGCUUCGGCAGGUCACAGUUUUUGUAAACCCAAUAUCAUGGUUGCGCGGGACAUACGAAGAUGAGGACCAAUGGCAAUGCUACAAGGUCCGUCACAAGAGUUUGGUACAUUUCACGGUGGAAGAGGAUGAGAAGCAAGGAGGUGAACAAGACCAGGUGGACCACAGUACCGGUGCCGGGGGUACGUCUACCAGCACUGGUAGAAGUGCGCUUAGGUCUAGUGCUGCUCCCUCCCUUCGUGAGGAUUAUUUCUUGUUGCGUGACGAGGUUGAGAAUCAUCCGGACCAGAUUCAACAGUACAAGACGAGAAUGGCUACUUUUAUUGUUAACCGCACCUGCCGUGGGGAGGAGGUUUACCCCUUUUUGCCUAAAGAUGUUGUAGAGCGUGCGUGGAAGGAGUCUCAGGAUCCGAAUAUAAAAGUGGUACAGAAUCUUUACAACGGAACCGGAAUGUAGUCGGAUUCGGAACGGUUCGAAUCCUCGAGAGGCUGGGCUGCACCACGACCGCAAGAGUCCUCGUCCGCGGUCGUGUCGUCAGAACAGAUGAUGAGUUACCUUGAGCCGAUGUUGCUGGCUUCUGAUCGCCGAAGAGCGCCCUUCCCCGGAUCAACGCAGUGGUACGAUCAGCAGCAUGAGCAUAGUAGACGUAAGCUACAAGCAGCCCCAGGAGAUGAAGGAGGCUUGUUUGUCAAAUGGUACGAGCCGACGGUGAGUGCAUUAGCAGCUGCACGUGGAACCCUGGAGAUGUCGCCACAAAGUCGUUUCGUGAACUUUGCAGAUGCUUUGUACCUAAGCCUACGUCCUGGGGAAGGUACAUCUUCUUCGUCCAGCUUGCGCAUUACACCAGUCUGGUUGGAAAAGCAAUUCUUGCUUGGAAAAGAUGAUGAAGCGGUAAAGUUUGCUCCUGCCACUGAAGUAUCGUCUUCGUCCGGGCAGACCGCGUCACAGUCCCCGUGGGCCCAGCUUCAAAAUAAUUGGGACUGUAUUAAGUACUUAUUCUCCGCUCCUGUUCCUGUACAUGCUUCUACUCGUCAUCUUGAUGCUCCUCCUGCCGACCACGUUUCGUCUGCUGCGGACCAAACAAGUUCUUUCAGAAAUACAUGCAAAGACUCUGCGUUUAAUGAUAAACUCAUUCCCCGUCAAUUCAGAGAGUACCAGUACUCCUAUUUUCGCGCGCAAACCAGGGAUCCACCUCGCGGCGCUUUGAUGAGAAAUCCAGACGCGAAAACAACGCUGCAAGAGAUGUUGCGUGGUGCUUUCGGAUUCGCUUAGAGAGAGCUCCUCUAAUGGAGACUAGAUGCAUGCACGGGCAACACGGGGAGAAAUCAUCAAAAUUAUCAUUUAUUGAAUAAGUAAGUAGGUUUAUACGAAGAUCACUAACAGGGACUAGUAAAAAGUAUGCAUAAUAAUUAGAACAACAGGGACUAAAAGAAAAAGCAGCACAGUAUGCAUAGGCACCAUGUUGGCAAAGGGAACAUUUUUAGCAAUCAAGAAGUCUUUCAUUGCAUAGCGUCAAUACCGAGAUCGCGAGUACAAACGUAAGACAGAAGUAGCAAAGAACUACCACGAUCAAGAUCAAUGAUCAACAGCAGAACGGGACUAGAUCGUAGAUCACACGACAGCACUAGGAUCAUAAUCAUCCAUGAUCACCAUAGUACUGCAUUAAAGUAUUAAAGGACCAGCAAGGUCAUAGACAAGAAGCACAGAAGGAAGAACGUCAUCAGAAGCCAAAACCAACUACAUGAGUCAUCUUGUCAGUGGCCGGCCAUUUGAGCUAUUGCA